AUGAUGAACCAUCGACAACCAGUCGCUACUGCGUCGAGCUACUACCAUCACCACGCCGCCGGCCAUCACCACCAUCCCGCUGCAGCCUCCUUUCCCCCGCACUCCCAGCACUACCAUGAGACAGCACAUGGUCCGCUGGUGUACCGGCCGUUGCAGCUGCCUCUCGCCGCUCCGAGCCCGCCUGUGCCUGUGCCUGUCCAGCAACAGCAACACCAUCAGCAGUCGCAGCACCAUCACCUCCCCCAACAUUCCGUAGAGCAGCCAGCACAGCUUCCUCUAGCGGCCGUCGGCGCGGGCCCGUACCAGCACCCAACCUUCCGCCACCACUCAGUAGCGACGCUCUCGCACCGCACCCGUGCUCAGACCCGCCAGCAUCAGCGAUCCGCCAUGGCCGACUACCAGGGUCACCACCAAGCCACUGAUGAGGAGCUUGCGCAGAUGCAAGAACUCAGCGCCAAGUACGAACCGGAAGUCACUGGGCCGCUUGUUGGUCAACGCCAACCGAGCACAGCCAUUACCACCGAGUACGCUUCGGCAGACCCCAUCUACCAGGCGAAGACCACUACACUCCCGCAGAAGUAUUCGCACUAUCGGACUGUGCGUGGAGAUGGCAAAUGUGGCUGGCGAGCUGUGGCCUUUGGCUACUUCGAAGCUCUCAUCCACAAUGGCGACACCAACACGAUCAUGUUCGAGAUGGGUCGUCUUGAGUCAAUGAAGAAUGUGAUCGUCACGGCUGGCUUCGACCCCAUGCUGGUCGAAGAGUUCGCGGAUGAGUUCCGGGACUUGUUGCGCAGCAUCAAUGAAACGAUGCAGCAAGGCGGCAACGCCAUCGAAGUUGUGGAGAACGCUUUCAACGAUGACAUGCAGCAGAACUACAUCAUCACUCAUCUCAGGACUGCCACUUCUGCUUGGAUGAAGACGCGCGACGAGUAUGCGCCAUGGCUACUUGGCCAAACUGUUGAAGAGUACUGCAAGCUGCAGAUUGAGCCUAUUGGCGCAGAGAUCGAUCAUGUCGGACUCGUUGCGCUCAAGGACGCUCUGCUAUCCCCAGCCGGCAUCUCGCUUGAGGUCAUGUACCUUGACCGUAGUGAAGGUAGUGAGGUCACGAUGCAUCGCUUCGACCCUGUCAACCAUGGAGGCUACACUAUCGGCAGUGUGAGACUUCUCUACAGACCUGGUCACUAUGAUCUGCUCUACAAGCCAGAGGACCUGCCAGCCCCACCGCCACCGCCACCUGCUCCGGUGCCAACGUACUUGCAGUUCGCAACUCAAGCCUAUGAGCCAGUGCAAGACCUUGGUGUAUCGGAGUGGAUGACCUCGAUACCUGGCAUGUCGUAUGCGAACAUGUCGCAAGGCAGCAGCUGGUCAUCUUCCAACUUCGGCUCAGGUGCAGACUUCUUCAGCACGCCAGCACCGGUUCCAUCUUGUGCACCGGCAGUGCCCACCCCUCCUGCACCAGCCCCUCAGCCGCAUGUCCAGUCGCAGCCUAUGUAUGUGUCCGCGAGCACACCAACCCAAAUGGUAACACCACCGACACAGAUGUCGCAUGAGCUGGCGAUACGAACCACUGUUCCUCAGCAUACGCUAGGUCAUCCGGACUUCCAGCAUCAGCUCAGUGGCGGUCCAUUCAGACCAUCAGCUUGGCAGCUCGAGGAAAACUUUGUGCAGGCGUCGUCGAUGCCGUUCCAGACGUCGAUCUUCCGAAACUCCCACUUCAACACGGCCCACUUCCUCAACCCGGAAUUCCAGCCCGAACAGUGGGAUCCCGAUGACGAGUACGCCGUGGUAGCGAGCAGCACCAAAGCUCCGCGACACAAGAACAGCGGCUGA